AUGAACAGUUCAAGUUGCAAUCGCUGGGGAGCUCUCCUGCUGACCAUCAGCCGUUGCCUGGCCGUGGCUCCCACGGCACGAAAGGGAUUUGCUCGAUGGAUCCACUGUCUUUGGUGCGUAGUUCUGCUGGGCUACGUGUGGACUGGUUGCAUCUGGCAGUGCGUUGUGUUUGACGCCGAAAUGCCAACCAUCGAGAAGCUGCUGUAUCUGAUGGAGUUCCCAGGCAACAUAGCGAUCACUGGCCUCCUGGGGUACCACGCUGUUCUCAAUAGUCCCUACGCCAAGGAAGUGGAGACGCAGAUUCAUCGCCUGAUCUGCGAGCAGGAUGUGGGAGUGGCGCAGAGACUUUACCAGCAGCACGGGAAGAGAACUCGUCUCCUGCUCGUGCACACCAUCGUAUUUCACGGUGUCUGCGUUGUGGUGGAUAUUGUAAAUUACAAAUUCAACUGGUGGACCACAUGGAUCAGCAAUAGUGUCUACAACUUGCCUGCUCUGAUGGUCAGCCUCGGUGUGCUGCAAUAUGCCCUCGCCGUGCACUUUCUCUGGCUGCUGCAAGCUCAUCUUUGCCACCGUCUGGCGGAGUUUCAAAUGCGCCAAAGGCCACCACAAGGUAUCGUUAAUCUGGACGCUCGCUACGAUCUGUUUUUUGCUGCCCUGGUGGAUGCUGGCGGAUGCUCUUCUCAGGUGCUGGAGGAGCUGCGCUCAACGUACACUGCCAUAGAUCGCCAGCACAGGCAGUUGCUGGACAAGUUUGGUCCCUUCCUGCUGCUCAACUUUGGAAACUCUCUCUGCAGCUUCUGCGUGGAGCUCUACAUGGUCUUCAACUUCUUUGAGCAACCGCAAUGGGCAGCAAUGGGCAUGUUACUGCUCUACCGCCUACUGUGGCUCGUCAUGCACGGCGGACGCAUCUGGAUCAUCCUGGCCGUCAACGAACAGCUGGUGGAGCAGGAGUGCCACUUGUGUCUUCAGCUCAACCAGCUGGAGGUGUGUGGCAGCCACCUCGAACGCACCAUUAAUCGUUUCCUGGUGCAGCUCCAAACGAGCAUCGGACAACCGUUGCUGGCGUGCGGCGUCAUCGAUUUGGACACGCUGGCAAUGGGUGGGUUUAUCGGCGUGCUGAUGGCCAUUGUGAUAUUCCUAAUUCAAAUCGGACUUGGGAAUAAAUCACUAAUGGGAGUUGCGCUCAAUCAAUCAAGCUGGAUAUAUGUUUGAAUAAA